AUGGGCACCGUUGACAUCCGGCGUCAGUCCACUGUUCUUUCUUUCUUUCCAUGGUACACGCCAGACGUCGUCUCCUCAAUCAAACUCGACGAAUACGACCCUAAUUCCCCAUACUAUCCCUUCCUCCGCAAGCUGAAGGAGUACGACGAUGUAAUCGCCAAACAGGAGGAUGGUCUCUGCCCCCGGGAAUAUGAUCUACUUGUCGAUGAUCUAGAGCAAGGGUUCCAUAUCACGUCUCUUGCGCCCGGUAAGCGCAUGACUCUAGCCAACACAGGCCGCCUGUUGGACGGAAAACUACCUCACCACACUACCAUUCGCGUCCUGAGGUAUAUCUCCGCUAGCAAGUAUUAUGACGUUAUAGCAGAUAGAAAAGGUCCUGGCUCUCGGGAAGUACUUCGGCACGUUAAACAAAAUUGGUGGCUCAAGCAUCCGGCCUGCUCCCACUUGGGGGAUUUGUCGCAAGUAGUCGAAGCUUUCAUCAAACUCGUCCAACAGCGCUUGAAACAGAAGGGACGGGGCGUGGACGCCGAACUCGAAGGAGUUGAGGCACCGGGAGAUAGGGUUACAUGCCAACUGGCGCUCCAGCUACGCGGCGGCAUGUCCACGUCACGAUAUUCGAAAGUCGUUGCGAAUGUAGCUGCCGUUGCGCUCAAUCUAAACAUUAUGUUUAAGGGAUUUCUCGAAAUUCCAAAUGGAUUCAAGGCCAUUGGCCUCGCUGACCAGUCCUUUUCUCCCGCCCUCAGGCAGGCUUUCAACGAGAUCUGGUCCUCUGACAAGAGUGUGCGCGCUCUGCGAAUGCCGUAUCAGCUGUCCACCCUGUUUACUCCGUUCACUGCCCUAUGUCCGUGCCUCCUGGUGUCCGAGAAAAACAUCAUUUGUCCCGAGGAAUUGCUACUCUUAUCAAAGGCUAUCGGGAAUCAGAAAGAUCCUGAAAUUAUGAGCUGCGAGCGUACACUCUUCUGCACCUUCGAGAAACUUGCUACCGGUGAUGUCGCCAGUGUCGACCUUCUCUUGGAAGAACUAGCAGAUCGGAUGAUCCGUGAAGACUGGGCGGGGAAGCUGAAGAAAAGCAAACAUUUCUAUGCUCGUGGUCAACAAGUUGGAUAUUCUCCUGAUUGGCAACUAUGGAACGCUCAUGUCGAAGCUCCGAUCCCUUCGUCGUGGCCCAUUACUCCCAUUGGGCUCGAUCUAUGCAAGGUAUUGGGGCCCUGUACACCAUCCUCCACCGACAUCCAACAACGCAACCAGAGCGAGCCCAGGGGGGCCAUGACGGCAAAUAAUGCACGUAGCGCUUCUUCCCGGCAGCAGCAAUCAGCUAACCAGGAUCAAAGCACCAGUGCUGUUGCCGCCCAAUCCCAUAUGCCGAACCCCAGGGCUACUUCUAACGGCGAUGAGGUGGACCAGAUGAUCCUUGAAAGCCUGAUCCUGGGUGGAACAAACGACCAAGUAGAUAUCGACGUCCUCUCGAGCGACGAUGAUGUCGAACCACCUCCAGCUCCGGCUAUUAAGCCAGGCAACGAUGACGUCCAAGGUUCAGUGAACGCCAACCCAGGUCUACAGAAACCCUCAGGCGAUGACGACAACAACGAUUCUACGGGGACACACCAGACGCCUCGUCGCAAUCCCCAACGGCCUGGGAGACAUGAUGGACCGUUAAUCGACCCUUCAGCGCCCACUAAACCGAGGAAGCCUCCAAGGACUUGCGAUACAGAGCCUAAACAACCAAUCAAACCUUCCGUCGGCCCACCGUCCACCGAUGCCGUCCCGCACCCUCAUUCUCCCACCGAUGCAAUUUUCUCCGCCUUCAAGUCUGUUAGGAACCGAGAUGAAAAAGCCUGGGUUCCUCCCACAACUCGCCAAUCCCGAUCACAACUCCCCGUUAGAGAGGGUAGAAAGACAAAGACGCUCCGUAUAGAUGAACCCAGCCCGAAAUUCACAGAUCAUGCCCCCUUUGAAGCGAGACUAUACAGAGCCAAUGGCGACCUCUACACCUGGCAAGGUUUUGCUCAUACACAGGACCAAGCAACAGAGAUGAAGGCCGUUUUUUCAACUCUCGAAGAGGACUAUGUUUCACCUAAGGAGCCCAACAGGGAAGGAGAUGGGAAACGGCCAAGAUUCUUGAACGACCCAGACUCCUCCUGCAUUUUCCGCAUUCCCGAGGCCGAAUUCUUAAAGUGGUCACCUAGGGAAGUCCAAGACGCGCUCAGAACUCGUAACAUCCUGGUAUACGACUGCCAACGUCGACCACUGCCUUUCAACUAUACAUCUGCAGAAAGUCUGGGACCCCUGGAUCGGCGUACGGACAUUCAAGACCAAUCAUCCUCGACCGUCGAUGGUGAUCUUCAGACAAUCGUCCGUUCAGGGACAGCGAGACAGGUGGUUGAAAACGCGCUUGGGCCACAUGCAUAUCGGAAAAGCCUCAACAGCCUCAACCAUCCUGACCCUCUGGCGGAGAGCACGAUUAAACCGUAUUCCUCCGAGCUCUGGGCAUGGAGGAAGUCGAAUUCCGGCGAUCACUUCGCAACGAAUGCCCUUCCGCCCAUAUCCGAUUUACGCUGGGGCUUGCUUGGCACCACUGGGGCGAAGCAUGGAAUUCAUAUCGACGCACACGGCUUUGGGACCUUUGUAGCGCCCCAGUGUGGCUUGAAACUCUGGAUGCUUGGACGCCCCAAACCUCCCUUGACUACCUCCUCGAUCUCAGUCUGGUGCGAUCCUGAGUUUGAUGUGGACGCUCCCAAUAGUCAUCUGUGGGCAUGGGAAGGCGUCGUUUUGGGGCCGGACACGACUUUGAUAAUGCGCCCCAAUACGGCCCAUCGGGUCAUCACUCUGGAGAACUCUAUCGUUCAUGGAGGGCACUUCAUCGCAACGUCCACGCUGCAUGAAACUCACCUUGGUAUGGUUCACACUACGCUUCGAGGACACAUCAAUACGAACAACAGCCACCCAGUCGUUGUCCUGGAGCUCAUGCAGCGUUUAAUGGCCGCCUUUCAUCGGGAAAUUGUUAUCUGCGGCCUCACACACAAAGAGGAUCCUUUCCUUCCCCGGUUCGAAACGUCAGAAGAUGUCAUGAACUUCUUCAUGUUCUGCGUCUCCAUUGAACUGCAGAACGUCCUUUCUCCAUUGACGUACUCGUCUAGUCGACAGUAUGACCUUACUGACGUUCCAUACUUCUUGCGCAUUGGGGCGAUCCGUACACGUGGUCUGAUGUUCGACGUUCUUGACCAUCUCCUCGCAAAUGUCGAUCUGAUCCCAUUGGAAGGCGGGGAUGACGACAUCCCACUUCACGGCCUCCACGAUAUUUUCUUUCCUAUGCUUGCUUGGCAAAUUUGCGCGCUACGUCGUUAUAUCACUCUGGUCAACGCAGCCGACGACAGCCUCGACGGAUCUUCUCCACCUGGGAUUAACCGUAUCUCUCGAACUUGCUUUAAUCAACAGUUGGACUGGGUUGUUUCUUCCCAUGUGGUGCUCCAGGAGGAAGUGGAAAAACUAGAGGCAUCCGGCAACGUCAUUGAAUCGCUGAAUUGGACGUAUCCCAAGUUCUCACUGAGACGGCGUCAACCCCCAUCCCCUCAUCGUGAGCUUGAGUCUUCCCGCAUCCUUACCGAUGGGUUGCGGCCUGGUGAUAGCUUUUAUCUCGUUGCCACCAUGGAUCAACACACAGACCCGACUGUAAUCUCCUUGGCACGUUUUCUGGCUCCAGUUCGUCAUAAACUCAAACGUGCUCAAUCCGAAAUGCAUAAACAGCCAACCAAAAAACCGCGCACUGAGGUUUAG